GAUUUUAUGGAAGACCUUGGGUUAUGGAGCAGAGGAAAGAACUUUUUAGAAGACUUCAGAAAUGGGGACUAAAUACGUACCUGUAUGCUCCAAAGGAUGACUACAAGCACAGGAUGUUCUGGCGAGAAAUGUACUCUGUGGAGGAAGCGGAGCAGCUAAUGACUCUAAUAUCAGCUGCACGAGAACAUGAAAUAGAGUUCAUCUAUGCAAUCUCACCUGGACUUGACAUCACUUUCUCCAAUCCUAAAGAGGUAUCCACAUUGAAACGCAAGCUGGACCAGGUUUCCCAGUUUGGCUGCAGAUCUUUUGCAUUGCUCUUUGAUGAUAUCGAUCACAACAUGUGUGCAGCAGACAAAGAAGUUUUCAGUUCCUUUGCUCAUGCUCAGGUCUCGAUCACAAAUGAAAUUUAUCAAUAUUUAGGAGAACCAGACACAUUCCUUUUCUGUCCUACAGAGUACUGUGGAACUUUCUGUUAUCCAAAUGUUGCCCAGUCACCAUAUUUACGGACUGUAGGAGAAAAGCUGCUCCCUGGCAUUGAGGUGUUAUGGACAGGUCCGAAAGUUGUAUCCAAAGACAUUCCAGUAGAGUCCAUUGAAGAAGUUUCUAAGAUCAUCAGGAGAGCACCAGUGAUCUGGGAUAACAUUCAUGCUAAUGAUUAUGAUCAAAAGAGGCUUUUUCUUGGGCCUUACAAAGGUCGGUCAACUGAGCUCAUCCCUCGACUAAAGGGAGUUCUGACCAAUCCAAACUGUGAAUUUGAAGCCAAUUAUGUUGCUAUUCACACACUUGCAACGUGGUACAAGUCUAACAUGAAUGGAGUGAGAAAAGAUGUGGUGAUGACUGAUACUGAAGACAGUACAGUUUCUAUCCAGAUUAAACUGGAAAAUGAGGGGAGCGACGAAGAUAUUGAAACAGAUGUUCUCUACAGCCCACAAAUGGCCCUGAAGUUGGCCUUAACGGAAUGGUUGCAGGAGUUUGGGGUACCUCAGCAAUACAGCAGUAGGCAAGUGGCCCACAGUGGUGCUAAAACUACUGUAGGGGAUGUAGGGCCUCUGGUGGCACCAUCCUCUUUGAAUGCAGCAACUGUGGUUACCACAGUUUACCAGGAACCCAUCAUGAGUCAGGGGGCAGCGCUGAGCAGCGAGUCACCGGCCUUGGUAAAGGAGGAAGAGAAGAAGCAAUCUGAUGAGGAACCAAUGGACAUGGUGGUGGAAAAACAAGAUGACGCAGACAAGAAUGCUAAUCAGAUACUGACAGACAUUGCUGAAGCCAAGAUGGCAGAGGAGUUGAAGCCAAUGGAUACCGAUAAGGAGAGCAUAGCUGAAUCAAAGUCCCCAGAGAUGUCUAUGCAGGAAGACUCUGGUAGUGACAUUGCCCCUAUGCAGACUGAUGAGCAAAUUAACAAAGAACAGUUUGUGCCCGGGCCAAAUGAAAAGCCUCUCUACACGGUAGAACCAGUGACUUUAGAGGACUUGCAGCUUCUCGCUGACUUGUUUUACCUUCCUUAUGAACAUGGGCCCAAAGGUGCACAGAUGCUGAGAGAAUUCCAGUGGCUCAGAGCAAAUAGCAGUGUUGUCAGUGUUAAUUGCAAAGGAAAGGAUGCUGAAAAAAUAGAAGAAUGGCGUAACCGAGCAGCCAAGUUUGAAGAGAUGUGCAGCUUGGUGAUGGGGAUGUUCACUCGCCUCUCCAAUUGUGCCAACAGGACAAUCCUUUAUGACAUGUACUCCUACGUCUGGGAUAUCAAGAGUAUUAUGUCAAUGGUGAAAUCUUUUGUGCAGUGGUUAGGGUGUCGUAGUCAAUCUUCAGCACAGUUCUUAAGUGGAGACCAAGAACCCUGGGCCUUUAGAGGUGGUCUAGCAGGAGAGUUCCAGCGUUUGCUGCCUAUUGAUGGAGCAAAUGACCUCUUUUUUCAACCACCGCCAUUAACCCCCACCUCCAAAGUGUACACCAUAAGACCCUACUUUCCUAAAGAUGAGGCUUCUGUAUAUAAGAUCUGCAGAGAAAUGUAUGCUGAUGGAGCUGAUCAACCCUUCCAUAGUUUACCAGAUUUAAUUGGAGACAAGUUAGUAGGAGGUCUACUCACCCUCAGCCUGGAUUACUGCUUCGUCUUAGAAGAUGAGGAUGGCAUAUGUGGCUAUGCUUUGGGAACGGUUGAUGUGACUCCUUUCAUUAAAAAAUGCAAAAUGUCUUGGAUCCCUUUCAUGCAAGAAAAAUAUACUAAGCCAAAUAGUGACAAGGAGCUGUCUGAGGCAGAGAAAAUAAUGCUAAGCUUCCACGAAGAGCAAGAAGUAUUGCCAGAAUCAUUUCUUGCCAACUUCCCAUCAUUGAUAAAGAUUGAUAUCCACAAAAAAGUGACAGAUCCGAGUGUGGCCAAAAGUAUGAUGGCCUGCCUGCUCUCUUCUCUAAAGGCUAAUGGCUCCCGUGGGGCUUUUUGUGAAGUGAGACCAGACGAUAAAAGAAUCCUGGAAUUUUACAGCAAGCUGGGUUGUUUUGAAAUUGCUAAAAUGGAAGGAUUUCCAAAGGAUGUUGUUAUCCUUGGAAGAAGCCUGUGAAGUGCUUGACAGCAAACUGUUCCAGUACUGUAGUCCCUUAACAGCUGGGCAGGUAGUGGUGGGGAUCUUCAUAUGGUCUAGCUGCACAAAGCCAGCAAUAAGCCAGCUUGGUAGAAGGGGCUAUGCGAAAAAUCACCCAUCACACAUUCAAACUGUAAUUUGUUGAAAGAGGAUAAUGCUGCUGAAAACACUGUUUUAACAAAGAGAAACCUUGUCCUCUCCUGGUCCUGUGUGAAGUGCCAAGGAAUCUUGCAUGGGCUAUAGCUUCUCAGAGGAAUCCCUCUCAAUCGGCGCUGUGGCUGACAGCAGUUCUCUGCAUUCAUGUGUCAACACCAAAGUGAUCUCUGUCAGAAGUAUCUAUAAAGAUGCAGGGGUUUUUUUUUCUGUCAUAGAGCAGGAACUGCAACUGGAAGUUGCAGAAAUGGGAGGGAUUGCUUGUGUCAAUCAGCAAAUUUAAAGAUAAGUAGCUACAGUUCUAUUUUUUACUAUCUUUAUGCUUGUUGAUAAAGCAAUGACCCGUUGUCACUUCUAAUGACCAUUGGUUCAAGCUUUGUGCUUUGUUAGGGACAAAUGUGCAGUGGUCUGUGGCAGAAGUCACUUAAUGACAAACUUGUAAAUUUCAGUGUAUAUAAACUUAGCGGUAUGCUGACUAACUUUUUGUUUACCAGUUUUUGUAACUUUUUCUUUUGAAAAGUGAAAUGGUAUAGGUGCAAGAUGGCACUUUUGAAUAAUCUAAAACCACAACAGAGAACGAAUCUGUCUUCAGCACUGACCUUUCUUAUUGUGCCUCAUAUCCAGGGCUAGAAACUGACCAUCUUGG